AUGAAGUUGUCGUCUUUUUUCUUUUGUUUUCUAUGUGGCUUGGUCUGCUGUCCAGCUCCUGUGCUUGCUAACGAUUUCCCAUCGUUUCUGAGCGCCAACGCCUCGCUGGCUGUGGUUGUGGACUACGAAUAUAUGGCCAUGCAUCGGCAGAAUAUAAUGGCACAUUUCGAAAAGAUUCUCAGUGAUAUAAUACGCGAGAAUAUGAAGAAUGGCGGCAUCAAUGUGCGCUACUUCACCUGGAACUCCGUCAAAAUUAAGAAAGAUUUUUUAGCUGCCAUAACUGUGUCGGAUUGUGAGAGCACCUGGAACUUUUAUAAAACCACUCAAAGGGCAUCCAUACUGCUGAUUGCUAUCACUGACUCGGAUUGUCCGCGUUUGCCCCUAAAUCGAGCACUGAUGAUCCCAAUGGUUUCUCAUGGCGAUGAGUUUCCUCAAAUUGUGCUCGAUGCCAAGGUGCAGGGCAUAUUUAAAUGGAAGUCGGUGGUUGUGCUUGUAGAUCAAAAUAUACUUGAGAGCAAUCCUAUGUUGGUCAAGUCUGUCGUUCACGAAAGCACCACAAACCAUAUACCACCGAUAUCGCUGAUUCUGUACAAGAUUGACGAAUCAUUGCGUGGUCAGCAGAAACGAAUUUCGCUGCGGCAGGCAUUGGCUCAAUUCGCGCCCAUCAAACAUGAACAGAAGCGCCAGCAGUUUUUGGUUAUUUCCAAAUUUCAUGAGGAUAUUAUUGAGAUAGCAGAAACGCUGAGCAUGUUCCAUGUGAACAAUCAAUGGAUGUUCUUUGUUUUGGAGGACCUGCGUCGUGACUUUGAUGCCAAUAGCGUGACCAUAAAUCUAGAUGAGGGUGCUAAUAUAGCCUUUGCGCUGAACGAAACGGUGACCAAUUGCGUGGACACGUUGAACUGCACCAUAUCAGAAGUUUCCAUGGCUGUGGUCACCUCGCUGUCCCGCAUGAUACUCGAAGAGCAAUCCAUCUAUGGCAAAAUAUCCGAUGAGGAAUGGGAGUCGAUACGUUUUACCAAGCAAGAGAAACAGGAAGAGUUGCUUGAUUACAUGAAGGAAUACCUUAAGGUAAACAGUAAAUGCGCAAGCUGCGCCCGCUGGCGUUUUGAAACCGCCAUCACCUGGGGCAAGAGUCAGGAGAAUCGCAAGUUUCGCAUGGCUCCCACUCGCGAUGCAAAAAAUCGCAACUUUGAGUUCAUCAAUAUUGGUUACUGGACACCGUUGCUGGGAUUCAUAUGUCAUGAGUUAACCUUUCCCCAUAUUGAUCAUCACUUCCGUAACAUCACCAUGGACAUUGUGACAGUGCAUAAUCCACCCUGGCAAAUAUUGACCAAGGAUAGUCGCGGUGUCAUCGUGGAGCACUCAGGAAUUGUCAUGGAAAUAGUGAAGGAACUAAGCCGCGCCUUGAACUUUAGCUACUAUUUGCAUGAGGGUCAAUUGCCGGAUACUACGGACACGCUUAGCCAGAGCAUGAAUGAGAGUGAUGAGCUGAUGGGCUCGAUGACCUAUCGCAUUCCCUAUCGAGUGGUUGAGCUGCUGCAAAGCAAUGCGUACUUCAUGGCCGCCGUGGCAGCCACCAUUGAUGAACCAACCAAGAAACAUUUUAACUACACACAACCCAUAAGUGUGCAAAAGUACACAUUCAUUCUCCGGCAACCGGAUGAAGUGAGCCGCAUCUAUCUGUUCACGGCUCCGUUCACCCUAGAGACCUGGGGCUGCCUGGCAGGGAUUUUGUUCUUGACGGCGCCCAUUCUGUACUUCGUAAAUCGUCUGAUGCCGCUGCAAGAGCUUCGAAUUAGCAGUCUCUCCACAGUGAAAAACUGUUUCUGGUAUAUUUAUGGAGCACUGUUGCAACAAGGUGGCAUGUAUCUGCCUCGUGCGGAUAGUGGCAGGCUGGUUGUUGGCUUCUGGUGGCUAGUGGUCAUUGUGUUGGUUACUACUUAUUGCGGCAAUCUCGUUGCGUUUCUAACAUUCCCAAAAUUCCAGCCAGGCGUUGAUUACCUUAAUCAACUAUCCGCUCAUAAGGAAAUAAAGCAAUACGGCCUGCGCAAUGGCACGUUCUUUGAGAAGUACGUGGAGACCACGACAAGAGAAGACUUUAAGCGCUUCAUUGGGCGCUCUUUAAUCUACAACAACGUACAGAGCGAGAACAUUGCAGCAGUGAAACAUGGUGAUCGUAUCAAUAUUGAUUGGCGCAUUAAUCUGCAGCUUAUUGUGCAGCAGCACUUUGAGUUGGAUAAGGAGUGCAGAUUUGCAUUAGGCAAGGAAGAUUUUGUCGAUGAACAGAUAGGAUUGAUCGUGCCCUCGGGCAGCGCCUAUUUACAUUUAAUUAACCAGCACAUAGAUAGGCUAUUCCGCAUGGGGUUCAUUGACCGCUGGCAUAAAACAAAUCUGCCUUCCAUGGACAAAUGCAAUGGGAAGAAUAUGCAGCGUCAGAUUGCCAAUCAUAAAGUUAAUAUGGAUGAUAUGCAGGGCUGUUUUAUGGUACUAAUCUUCGGCGUAAUUUUAGCGACGAUUGUGAGUUGCAUUGAAUUUUGGUACCACCGCUUCUUUGUGGUGAGCAGGGAGCGUAAGCGUGUUCCCUUUUCCAAUUGAGAAACACACGAGAUGCGUCGGAUUACAGCUUGACGUGCGUAAAAUAAGUUUUGUUUAAUUUUUGAAAAUUACUUAUAUGAACAUUAUUUU